AGGCCAGCAAACGACAGCCUCGACAUCCCUCAUCUCUCUGCGCAGGAGUCUCUAAGGUCUGAAGGUCACUCGCAGGUCUGCUACAUCCUCUCUAUCUAUCUGCCCCGCCAUUCCUGUCCUUGUUCUUCUUUCACUCUCCCUCAAUUCAGUGUCGCAGUGGUCUGCCCUGCUCUGAGGCUACGCUCUACAGAGUAAAGGGGCGCGCAGGAACCUCGCACCAUUAAUUGACUUAAGGGAGUCACUCUGGUCCAGAGGCGGACAUGUGGCUCGACCGUCUGUCGUCGCAUUCGACGCCCUCUGCAUCCCCGCCGCCGUCCGCAAAUCGAUCUUUCUCCCCGGCAUCUCGCCGACCUAGUCAUCUUGCACCCACUUCAGCUCCCCAACGACCAGGCUUCACCCCGCGCUCUUCUUCUCUCUCCUUGGUCUCCAAUGACUCAACGGCAUCUUUGUUAGCCUCGUCCCGAAAUCCUAAUGGUACGGGUCCUAAGCGUCCUGCUGCCGUCUCCAGCACGCCAGAUCCAUUGGAAGUGCUCGAGAAGCUGCUGGGGCCUAAGGGAAAGGGAUUGGCACCCUCUUCGAAAGCUGAGGAUGGGGUGGAUACAACAGAGGAGAGUGGUUUUGAGCUGGAUUUUGCAGGCUUGAGUCUACAGGACUUUUUGGAGCAAGAAACACCGGAAUCCGACCUAGAAGCUGUAUAUAACAUGCAAACAAUUGAUGAAUACGAACAAGAGAAGGAAAAGUUCGAAGAUCUCCAUCAGUCUAUACGCGUCUGCGAUGAUGUUUUGAAUUCGGUGGAAAUAAACUUGACGAGCUUCCAGGAUGACCUAGCAGCCGUCUCUGCCGAGAUAGAGACAUUACAGGCCCGAUCCACGGCGUUGAGUAUCAGGCUGGAGAAUCGGAAAGCAGUCGAGAAUGGUCUGGGUCCAAUAGUCGAGGAAAUCAGCCUGUCUCCAGCUGUAGUGCGAAAGGUUGUCGAGGGCGCAAUCGAUGAGGCAUGGGUGAGAGCACUGGCGGAGGUGGAGAAACGAUCGAAGGCAAUGGAUGCAAAGUCCAAAGAGUCACGGAAAAUCAAGGGAAUCAACGAUCUGAAACCUUUGCUGGAGAACCUCAUCAAUAAGGCAAUCGAAAGAAUCCGAGACUUCCUAGUAGCCCAGAUCAAGGCCUUGCGAUCUCCAAAUAUAAACGCCCAAAUUAUACAACAACAACACUUCAUCCGGUACAAAGACCUCUAUGCAUUUUUAUAUAGGCACCAUCAACAGCUGGCGGAAGAAAUUUGCCAGGCCUAUAUGAACACCAUGAGGUGGUAUUUCUUGAACCAGUUUACCCGAUACCAGAAAGCGCUUGAUAAGAUCAAGCUUCAUAUUGUCGACAAGUACGAUGUUCUUGGCCAGGAUGACGGCACUCGAAAGAAUACCAUCUUGGCGGGAGCAAAGCCCGCCGGCCCUCCCCAUGAUGCUUUCAAUCUAGGUCGCCGGAUCGACCUCUUGAAGACUUCGAAUCAAACGGCCCUUUCAUCAUUUCUUGCCGAAGAAGAUAAAUCGACUCAUUACUUGGAAUUUCCUUUUCGGAAUUUUAAUCUUGCCUUGGUAGACAACGCCUCUGCGGAAUACUCCUUCCUCACCUCUUUCUUCUCGCCCUCCCUGUCCUUCACAACGAUCUCACAGCACUUCAACUACAUAUUUGAACCCACGUUUGCACUUGGCCAAAAUUUCACAAAAUCUCUUAUCCAGGAGACGUUUGACGGGUUAGGCCUAUUGUUAUGCGUGAGAUUAAACCAGCACUUUGCGUUUGAGCUGCAGCGCCGCAAAAUCCCAGCCGUGGAUGGCUAUAUUAACGGUACCGCUAUGCUACUCUGGCCACGGUUCCAGGUCGUCAUGGACCAGCACUGUGAGUCAGUCCGUAACACAACUAGCGGUGUCUCGACGCGCAAGCCAUCCGCUGCGGAGCAAGCAAAGCAGUCGGCAGCACCUCACUUCCUGACUCAACGCUUCGGCCAGUUCAUGCAAGGCAUUCUUGCCUUGAGCACCGACGCAGGGGAUGACGAGCCUGUGUCUGCAAGCUUAACGAGACUACGGAGUGAAAUCGAGGCGUUCCUGACGAAAACAAGUAAUACCAUCGGCGAUUCGAGGAAAAAGGAAAGGUUCCUAUACAACAACUAUUCAUUGAUUCUUACAAUCAUUGGGGACCUCGACGGAAAACUGGCGUUGGAACAACGGCAGCACUUUGAGGCUCUUAAAUCGGCGUUUACGCCAUGAUGGGAGGGGGUGUUGAGACUUAUGUACAAAAUGAAUGAUCAAUAUAUCCCAUGUAACGCCGUUUCUAAUCACUUGAUUUUAGUGGGAUAUUUCCAUACCCAGAGUACCCUGACCACCUCCAA